UCAAUCGCCCCUAAGAGAUCUUAUCAAAAUCUGUUGCACCCAAUUGUUUUUCAUACGUGUUUCAAUAACUGCGCCAAUUUUGAUGAUUUUAUCUACAGCGCUUACGGAUUUAUACAUGUAUGUCACUGCCAAGUGGACAGUUUUGCCAGUGGCUUAAUUUAAUUUUUUAAUAAUUUCAUUUGAUUGAUUUCGUAUGAUCGAAUGUUCCUUCGUCUUUUAGUUUUGACCUAAUUUCGGUUUCAAGAUUUCUACGAAACCUGUCUUUGUUCUAUGUGGACAUUGUACAUCCUCAUUAAUUAAGUAAGUACACAGACAAUAGAGACACGUAGUGCGUCAAGAUAAAACCUGAUAACAGCUGACUAUAGAAGACGACGUCCGACUGACUGAGAUUUCCACUGUUUUGGGGACGUGCUUUCAGUGAUACGUUGAGGCGAAUUUCAAACCAAUAUUUCACAGCUCAUGUCUAGCCACGCGAAGUACUCCAUUCCACUAGUGUGCGUUGGACCUAGUAUGCGAGAUGGUGAUUGGAUUGAAACCACUGUAAAAUACGGUGUUUGCUCCAAGAAUGAUGUCCGAUUAACACUCGUCCUUGGACCAGGUGUGACUUGGUGGAAAGGAUUGAUCUUGUCCCGGAAAAACGAUAGAAAAAAGUACCAGGUUCUUAUCCAACUGCAAGACGACCAGCACUCUGUCACUGUUACUAUUGGGCGCCACAUGUUGGAACAGAAUCACCUUGUUUUCUGCAAGGCCAAAAUAUUUGGAGUCAAAACCAAUAUGUACCAAAUUGAGGAUGCAGCUACAGUUUUGGAAGGAGGUGCUCACUACACGUUCACUUGGGUUAAGGACUAGCCAACACUAAGCUUAUCUUUUUCAUUGGUGGAGAUAUCUCACUUUACAGAGUGAAUAGAGAUUUGUAUAAAUAUAUUAAAUGCAGUAUGCAUUUUUAAGUUGUUUGUCGUGAUUUUUCAAUACAAUGUUUCACUGUUAUACUACAAUACUUCACAAAAUGCCUAUGCCGCAACACUUUAGGAAUUCUGACAUCUUUACUUAGAUCUGAUAUAUUAUUAUACCGAAGUCUUGCCAAGACGCCUUGUCCUGUGUAUAAUGUAGUAAUUCCCUAUUAGGCUUUGUUGAACUCUUUAUCUGCAUUACGUGACCGUAUUAAAAACAUUUAAACGCACAUACCCUGAUUUCCGACACCUGGAUUAAUAUUGUUUACACGCCAUUUGUUGCAGAUAACAUUUAGAUAAAAUAUCGAUUAGUAUUCCAAUAGUUUUAAAGUCAGGUCAUGUUGUAUGGGGAUUUAGAAUGUUAUCAAUUUAGUGAACAAGAUUAAUAAUCUCCAGGUAUAGGUAUACUCUACCCUCUACCAGGGCCGCAGUUAUUAUUGUGGAUAUUUUUUGCUGACUGAGAGCCAAAAUGUCACUGUCUUUUUAUCUAUAGACAAAGAGUCGUCCCUGGAAGAGGGUAGGUAUACUCUUUGCUAUGUACUAUGUCCCAUUCUGCAGUAGGUAAGUUUUUAAUGAAAAGGUCGAAAACUCGGCACUGGAACUUUACUGGAAAUAAAAUUUUAACGCAAUUA